AUGAGUGAUGUACUCAUAAAGAAGCAUGAACACAUGGAAACUGCAUAUGAGAUUUGGGUGUCUCUACCAGUCAUGUAUGGGCAGCAUUUCGAUCAAUGCAAAGAUGACGCUACUAGAGCCUAUACGAUCAUGAAAAUGAAAAAAUGUGGUUUUGUCAGAGAACAUGCUCUAAACAUGAUCAAUACCAUACAUGAUGUGGAAGUUUAUGAAACAACCACUAAGGAGAGAACUCAAGUUAGUUUGAUACUUGAAUCACUCACACCUGAUUUUUCAACAUUUACUACCAACUAUGUUAUGAAAAAAUUGAAGUAUAAUAUGACUCAACUGUUAAAUGGGUUGCAGACUUUUGAAUCACUCAACAAGAGUAAUACAAAAGUAGAAGAAGAAAAUAUUGUUGAUUCUAAACCUUCCUCUUCUAAUGAAAAAAAAAUAAGAAGGCAAAGAAAUUCAAUGUAA